AUGGCAACAUCAAAUGCAAAUCAAGGAAUUGGCAUAAUUAAUGCAAAUGUUGGAACUAAAGAAAAUAAGCCCGAAUGGUUAUUAUAUUCUCAAGAUAGUUAUGAAUUUAAUAUAGAUGAAAAAUUAAAAAAAAAAUUUAUAAUAGAUACUGAAAAAUAUAAAAAAAGAAUAAGUUCUUAUAAUAAGAGUGGUAUUAGAAAUACUGUAAUAGCCAUUUUAUUAUGUCAUCGACAUGAAUAUCCUCAUUUAUUAUUAUUACAAAAUUUAUUGACUCAAGAAUAUUAUUUUUUAGGAGGCAAAUAUAAUUCAUGGGAAAAACCAAGAGAUGUUUUAAAAAAAAAAUUACAAAAAUAUAUUAAUAAAAUUCAAGAUAUACAUUUUUCUGUUAAUAAAUUAAAUAUAAAUGAUCAUACUGGAAAUAUAAAAAAUAAAGAUGAAAUGUUUGAUAUAGGAGAAUUCUUAGGAGAAUGGUGGAGAACACAAUAUGAUUCUAUAUAUUUAUCUUAUUUGCCUGCUCAUAUAACACGUCCUAAAGAAUGUGCAAGAUUAUAUCAAGUUACUAUUUCCGAUAAAUGUAUAUUUCAUCUUCCCCCUGGUUUUACUUUAAAAGCAAUACCAUUAUUUGAUUUAAACAAUUGUGGAAUUGCAAUUAGUGGCUUAUCUAGCAUAUUAUCACGUUUUAAAUUAUCUUUCAUGGUUCAAGAUCAAAAUGACAAUCUUUCUUAA